AUGCGUUUUUCCAUCAUAACAGUAAGUGAUUCGUGCAGCAACGGGACAGCUGUCGAUAAAAGCGGUCCGCUUCUCGUCGAGCUGAUUCGUGAAUCUGAAAAAUUGAAAGAGGCUCCCCAAGUGAGUGGGCCCCAUCUAAUACCGGAUGAAAAAGAGGAAAUUGUAAAAAUAUUGCGAAGCCUAUGCGGUGAAUGUGAUGUUAUUAUUACAACUGGUGGUACAGGAUGGGCUCCUAGAGAUGUGACCCCCGAAGCCACAAAUGAAGUGAUUGAGAGGCGAUGUGGAGGCUUGGAGACAGCAAUUCAUGUGCGUUCCCUGCAAAUCACUCCAUUUGCUGCAUUGUCACGACUCUCUGCAGGAAUCUUCCAGAAAACUUUGAUCGUCAAUUUUCCGGGGAGUGCCAAGGCUGUCAAAGAGUGUUGGGAAGUGCUCGAAACUGUCGUUGAUCAUGGAGUUUCUUUACUGAUCGAGGCUGAUCAAUCCCAGGUCCACAAAAAGAUUCAAAGUAGU